CAUAUAUUGUCCUGCUAUGUAUUUGAGCAGCCCUAUUUCGCGGAUUUGCCUAUAUUUACAUAAAUAUUACAAAAUACUGAACACCAUUACGAAGGCCAUGACAUGAUGGUACACACUGACAGUCUGUGUAGCAAUGCCCGCUACUAAGGAUGGGCUAGGGUUAGGCACCACAGGACCGUCGGACGAGGAUAUAGAACGCACCCCGCCAAAUGCCACACCUGAAACACAUACUCAAAAAGACAAGAGACCUCAAGAUGAUAGGCUCUCACCUACUAAACCCAGGGUGUCUGGAUCUAACGGAAACGAUACUCGUACAACCAAUAAUGGGUCAAAUCAUAGCAGACGAACACAUCAUUCGAGGAGUCCGUUGUCUGCUCUAUCUCAAAGGUUACACCGCCCAUCCAACCCCGAGCACUUGGACUCGAAUCGACUGAAUGAGUUGCUGCGUACUAUAGAGAUCGGCAAGGCGAAUACCAACAGGGCGACAGAAGAUACUAGUGUUUUAGAAGCAGCCUCCACCGCACAACAUCAACCAGAACAUCGUAAACAUCGCACGAAUCAAGCUGGAACAACUGUGGAAAAGCGCUUAAAAGCUAGCGAUCGUCAUCCUGGUAUACACGAGAGUGCAUCGUUCGACUUUUCGACGCUACUAUUAGACAGAGGUGCAAACAACUCGUCCGAGAACUUAAACCAGCAUGCAAUUAGAUUUGGCCGUCAACAACGCAAUAUGCCAUCACCAUCGAGUAUGCAAUUUGAGGCCUCUACAAGCCCGCGAUUGACCCCUCCACGCACUGGAGGGCCUCGUGUUCUGCGUUCUCAAUCCGUCAGCACGUACGAGAAUUCCAAUGCGACUAUAUCGGCCUCUAAUUCCGUUCGCAGUGUACGGGGUACGACAGAGAUCAUAUCCGAAGCCGAAGAGGUUGAUGUGCCGCUGAUUCAUUUAACCGAGGCAGAGCGGGAGGAGAAUCUCCUUCAGGCCGUGUGCUUUGUUGAGGACGCGCUGAAUGGCCGAAACUUUUAUCACCGGAUCGACGAGUUUGGGCUGAAGUGGUACUACAGGAUUUACUAUCACUCUUAUAUAACUGCACUGGUGCGACUGUGCUCGAUCGUGUACCUUCUUGUAGCUUUGAUGGAGAAAUCACAUCCUACCCUGGCCCUCAUCAUCGAUCAAGUGAUCAUUUGUGUCAUCGCAGCCUAUACCAUUCUAAAGUACUUUCUUUGCGGUAAUGCGAAGUUUUUUUUUCGCCACUGGGACAUAGUCUGCAGUUUAGCCAUUAUGUUAUCAGAGAUGGAGUUGAUUGUUGAGAUGAUGGGAUAUGCUUCCGCUACUGACUUUCGCAUACGACGAUACAUGAAACCGGUGUUCUUUGUCUGUUUCUCCUCGUGGCUAAAAGCAACGAUAAAGAAUGUUGCCCGGACAGCCAUCAAAGUGCUGCCGCUACUGGGGAUUCUGGCGUACUUCAUAUUGUUCAUGGCUGUUCUCGGGCUGAUACUAUUCUCAGGAAUACCUGAGGGCAAAGAGAGCUUCUCCAAUCCUCUCAACGCCACAAUGUCUCUGGUGGUGCUUCUCACAACCGCCAACCAUCCCGAUGUGAUGAUGCCCUUCUACUCCAUCAACGGCUACUACGCGACCUUCUUUGUCGUUUUCCUGCUGAUUGCCACUUUCUUCCUUUUGAAUAUCGCCACCGCUCACAUGUACUACCACUUCCGAGGGUUUCUCAAAUCGUCUCUAUCCAAUCGACGUUUGCGACACCAUGCUGGUAUCAGAGCGGCCUUCGAGUUGCUCGACAUGCUGUCUCCUGAACUCAAAGACGCCGUGGAUGUAGGAACAGUGCACAAGUUUGUGUGUAGGGUAUCUGAAUUGCAACAGUAUCAACCAUUUAUCCUGCAGAUGCUGGACUCGCAUGUUGGCGAAUCGGUCAACUUUGACGAGUUCUAUAUCUUAACCAACAUACCACGCCAACUCAGCGUGGAGGUGAUUACACCCAAACAUCCACGCCCAUGGGGGUAUAACGAAUUCUCCUUCAAAUUGCUGGACAUUGUGCGGAGUCCCAUAUUCGGCAUUGUGCAAGACAUUAUGAUGUUCUUAGGCUGCGCUUGGAGUAUCCUGUCUGUCUUCAACUCUCUCAAUAUUCUCAACGUGGAUGUCCAUUUCCACAUAGCAAGUUUGUUUCUUGUCAGCUUCUAUCCCAUGGAGAUCCUCAUACUCGUAGUCGGAUAUGGUCCUAAGUAUUACUUCCUGCGCAACCGGUGGCACAUGUGGGAUUCGCUGCUGGCUGUGCUAUUCUUGGUGGUGCGUGUAGGGCUCGUAUCCUUGUUCGUAGCUUCAAAUCCAGAGCAUGCGGACUUCCGAUGGCAGCUCUUCUGUCUUUUACUGUUCGGAUGGCAGUCCCUACGUAUCUGUCGGCAGGUGCCAGUACUGAGAAUCUACUUUGGUGUAAUCUCCAAUAUCAUGCAGUCCUUGCUCAGCAACGACACCGCCCUAUUCUCGUACGUGCUGCUCUUUUUCUACGGUUUUGCCGCACUUGGACAUGACCUUUUUGCAGGCUCCGUAACCCACGAUAACCCUUUGGUCGCCAACACCGAAUAUGCUCGAUUGGACUACUGGGCGAAUAAUUUUGAUGAUAUUCCCACUUCGAUGAUGACUCUGUGGGAGCUCAUGGUCGUGAACAACUGGUUUAUUAUCAUGGAAGCAUACGUGGCAGCAAACUCACAAUGGGCGCGUGUCUAUUUUAUUGCGUGGUACGUCGUCAGCGUAAUCUUGAUAUUCAACUUACUUGUGGCAUUCAUCUUGGAUACCUUCAUAGUAAAAUGGGAUCAAAUUCUUCGCAAAACGAAGGAAGGGAGUGAAAAGAGAGGCUUGAUCCGUUCCGUGUCUUCAAUAAAUGGAAGUCCCUGUCACUUCAAAUUUGGGACAACCGAGACACACUAUCUGCGACGACGAGAAGAUUAUAACUACACAAUACAGUCAGAUGAUCCAUUUGGCAGUGAGAAUAAUGAUCCGACGGAACGCAGGAUCAUUGAUAUGCUUCGGCAGCACGAAGAGUUAUGGAUGAAGAUUUCAGAAGUUGUAUCAUUCUUAGACGCGGACGAUAUACAAAAUUGGGAGCGUAGAGAGGCCCAUCGAUUCUCAGAUGUUGCUUUAGAGUAGUGCAUAAUUACACGAUGUGAUAUAUCUACUUACAUAUAAUGCACAUAAUAUAUUUUUAGGGAUAUAUUUUUAGGAAUAUAUAUAUAUAUGUGUGUGUGUGUGUGUAUGUGUGUG